AUGUUUCCGAGGAAGGCUACGCCUGGAUCAGCAGAAUAUGACCUAUUUUCUCAAAACUAUGGCGAAAUCAGUGGUGGCGGUGUUGGUGUGGUGGAGACGGGGAUCCAAGUUAUACUGCCCCUCAACCACUUUGGUUUGAUUAAGGGGAGGUCAGGAUUGGCCGCAGCAACAAUGAUAUCCACAGCAGGUGGCAUAAUCGACCAUGAUUAUACUGGGACGAUGAAGAUUAUCUUGCACAACAACUCGAGCGAAAACUUCGCUUACAAAGCGGCGUCACGCCUCGGGCAGCUUGCAGUAAUCCCAAUGUACCACGGACCAGUGCGAUACGUUGAAGGAACUAAGAAAGACGAAGAACACGGCGUUCAAAGAAGUGAGUUCUUAUCCCGCGAGCCGCGCGGUGAUAAGGGAUUCGGUUCGACUGGACAAUAACGCGUUUGUGGCAUUGUUCAU